AUGAUCCCCCUGGUAAUUUUAGUUCUGGUGGCCACAGCAGCAGCACAAGGUAAGACAUUAUAUUACAAAGAUUAUAAUGAAAUCUAUUGUAUUGAACAUAAACUUAUCCAUGGUAGGAUCCAAAACAGAAAUAUCUGAAAAAUAUAUGAUAAUUGAUGAAAUUGUACUGUAAAUACCAAUUUGUAUGUAUUCCAAUAGAUCAAUGCUAUUUUUGUUACCUUUGAUACAAAUAUUUCUUAAAAGCACCUUCAGACAGUAAUAAAUGGACAUGCUGGCCUAAAAUAUGAUAUAUUCUCCACAGUUAGUGCUACGUUCUGUAAUCUCACUGAGGAGAGUGGAGAUCAUCAAUGCUAUGGGGCUCUGGGAGAAUCGUUGUCCUUACAUCUGACUGCAAACAGAGCUGAAGACAAAAUUAAAUUGAAGAAAGGUGAAAAUCGUAUUCUGCACUUCAAAACUGGAGAAGACUGGAGAUUGAAAUUGCCUCAGGAUUAUGUGAAUCGCUCUAAGUUCUUAAAUAAUACAAUAUUCAGACUGGACAGAGUUAUAGAGGACGACUCUGGAGAUUACCUGUUGGAAAUACAUAACUCAGAGGGAAUACUGUUGCGGAGCGUCAACAUGCGACUUGAGAUACAAGGUAAAUAAGCUUUUUUUAUGUAGAGAAUCAUGUAUCCUAUUGUAAGGGAGAUAAUUGAAACAUAACUGCCAGUAUUAUAGCUACAGUAUAAAAUGUAUAAUAUGAUACUAGCAUGAAUCAGAGAUACCAAGAAGUACCAUAAGAAAGUUGUUAGACCAUGCUACAUGGCAGUAUCUCUGUGUUUGUGUCUGUCAGCACCGGUGUCAGAGCCAGUGUUGUCUCACCUCUGUGUGCCUCAUGGAGAGACCGUGGUCACAUGCUCUUCAGAGGGAGAUGGUCUUCAGUACAGCUGGACCCUGAACGGCCAGAAUCUGACCAGGAGUGUAGCCUAUGACCACUACCAGAACAGUGUCAUCACGUUGAAGAGUGAUGUGACAGGAACCCUGACCUGUACGGGUUCAGAAUAAAGUUAGCAGCCAGCAACACUACUAUUGAUCUCCCCUUGGCCUGCCCAGGUAAUGUCAGGACAGUUUCAUUCCCACAUUGUAAGAAUUCAGAUGAAUUUGACUUGCCUGAUAAGAUCAUUCUGUUGAUUGGUUACUGUUGACACUGUUGAUUAAUCCUACUCUCAGAAUUCUGUUUGUCUCAGUUUUCUCCUCCCAGUUUCGUUUUCUAACUGUGACAGUGGCUAUAGCUCUGGCUGUUGGAACUCUUCUCGCAGUGUUUGUUGGUGUCAACCGUCUCUUUGGGAAACUGAGAUUAGGAAAUACUACUUCAGGUAAAAUUCUGUAAUGUUUGUUUCAUGGCCAGAAUCGACAACCGUUUUAUUGGUCUUCUAACUGGUCUUUCCCCAGGUUGCUCUAAUGAUGAGGGUGCACCUGUUGUAUACACUGAAGUAUUCAAUAAAAGAAAGAGAGAAGUCCACCAGAAAGCCGAAGCUACAGAGAUGGUGGCGUAUGGAGAGAUCAAAAUGGCUGCCAGUCUUUAUGAGGAAGAAAGCCCAGAGAAUCAUGGGGACAUGGAAAUGACAACCAACCAGACAUAUGAUACAUCUUUUCUGACAACUUUCAGCAGGACUUAG